UUCCAUCAGUGCAAAGCGCAGGCUGGGAGGGCUGGGCUUUGUCAGGAGAAUGCUGCUGACUAAAAGCUGCCCUCCCAUGAAAUUAACAUGAGGAGAUGAACACUGUGCCUCAAAUACAUGGAUAAAAAUGCCCCCAAAAUGGGCACGCUUCUGAGUCAGCAUCAGCUGGACAGGCAGGACAGCCAGCUCCACCACUCCCUAACAGCCUGGUCCCCAGUGAGGAGACAAAGUGCAGAGAGAGAAUUUGCCUCGUCAUCAUUAAAGAAAGGUAACAAAAUUUAAGCUAUGGAUUGUAUGCUGGGAAAAGGUUCACAUCACGUGAAAAGCACUGUCACAGCUCAGCCAUCAGGUGAAGCAGGAAUGAUAAUCCAUGUACAGAUCUCAAACCUUUUCUAUGGAGGUAUGAGAUAUAAAACUGCUUUUCUUACUCCUAAAAUAACUUCCUAAAAAGAGGACACAUGCUAUCAAACUAUUAAUGAAUGAAGGGCACCAUAGCUCUGCCAAAGGCAUUCAGGAGACCUGCAACAGAAACAUUCUUAAAAGACAAAAAGGAAAUUCUCUCCUGUGGGUUGGCUUAGCACCAAUGUCAGCAGUCACUGACUUCAGACAGGUGACAUGAAGGAGAUGGUUGAAGAGAGUCACCAAAGGACUGCUCAGCUCAGUGGAUUUCAGAUGUCAGCAGCUUAAACUCUAGCAUACGAGCUAGUUUCAAACCCAGUGACACGGCCACCUGUUCAAAUUAGGCAUCCUGAAACACAUUCUAGCCUGAAGCAAUAAAUAUUUCCCUGAGAGUACAGAUGGAAACUUAGGAGCCACAGCACAGGCACAAAAAAAAUGUAUGGCAAAUAUUCUACUGACCACAAGUUGGCAGAAAGAACUGUUAGAAAUCCUAUCCCUAAAGAGCUCGAGGAUAAAGGAAAGAAAUGCUUGGGAACAAGAGAUGGAAUAUUUGAAAGUAGAGGACGUCGCAUCAGUAUUCGCCAUCAACAGCUUGGUCUUUGCCUUCACCAUGUCAAGGAGUGUUAAUGAUGUUCUCGCCUUCUGUUGCAUUCCCCACCUGUCAUUUUGCUAGGAUCUAACUACAGAAUGAACAUAGCAGCUGUGUUUAAUGCCCUGCUCGUGUCUGUCCUCGCUACGGUGCUGUGGAAAUACAUCAAACUACGAGAGCAUGCCUUCAUGGUCGAAGAGGAGCUGGUCCUCAUGCGCCAGUCCCAGGAGCUCUCUCAGGUUCAGAUUGACUACCAUGCAGCUCUCCAGACCCUGCUGGAGGAUGGCACUAGGAUGGUGUGCACUGGCAGGAUGCACACCGACCGCAUCUGCCGCUUUGAGUCCCUUUGCUACUCAACCGAGGCUGAGGAGUUCAUCUAUUUCCACAGCAACUCCUCGGUCAUGCUGCCCAACCUGGGCUCCCGUAGGUUCCAGCCAGCUCUGCUCGACCUCUCCUCUGUGGAAGAUCACAACACCCAGUACUUCAACUUUGUGGAGCUGCCCGCUGCUGCGCUGAAGUUUAUGCCAAAGCCAGUCUUCGUGCCUGACGUGGCACUGAUUGCUAACAGGUUCAACCCAGAUAACUUGAUGCAUGUCUUUCACGACGACCUCCUUCCCAUCUAUUACACCAUGCAGCAGUUCACUGAUUUAGAUCCGGAGACACGGCUCUUCUUCAUGGAAGGGUGGAGUGAAGGUGUUCAUUUUGACCUCUACAAGUUAUUGAGUAACAAGCAACCGCUCCUCAGGGAGCAGCUGAAAACUCUGGGCAGGCUCCUAUGCUUUACCAAAUCCUACGUGGGACUGUCCAAAAUCACCACCUGGUACCAGUAUGGAUUUGUCCAGCCACAAGGGCCGAAGGCUAACAUCUUGGUUUCUGGUAAUGAGAUCAGGCAGUUCACCAAAUUCAUGAUGGAGAAGCUGAACGUCAGCUUGGAAGAAAGCACCAGUGAGGAAUACAUCGUCGUGUUCAGUCGAACAAUCAACAGACUUAUCCUAAAUGAGGCAGAACUAAUCCUGGCCCUCGCCCAGGAGUUUCAGAUGAAAACCAUUACGGUCUCUCUGGAGGAGCAUUCGUUUUCUGACAUCGUCCGGCUGAUCAGCAACGCGUCCAUGCUGGUCAGCAUGCAUGGGGCCCAAUUAGUGAUGUCUCUCUUCCUGCCAAGAGGUGCCACGGUGGUGGAGCUCUUUCCUUAUGCCAUCAACCCUGAACAUUAUACCCCUUACAAAACCCUGGCAACGCUUCCUGGCAUGGACCUGCAGUACAUUGCCUGGCAGAACACUGCCAGGGAAGACACCAUUACCUACCCGGAUAGACCUUGGGAUCAGGGUGGGAUUGCACAUCUCGACAAAGCUGAGCAAGAGCGCAUCAUUAAGAGCACAGAGGUGCCGCGGCAUCUGUGCUGCCGCAACCCUGAGUGGCUGUUCCGUGCCUACCAGGACACGAAGGUGGACAUCCCUUCCCUCAUCCAUGUCAUCAGGCAGACUGUGAAGUCUAAGCCCGGGACUAAGAAGAAGUGGUCUGGUAGCCUCUACCCUGGCAAAGUGAGGGAUGCCAGGUGUCAGGCCUCUGUCCAGGGCACGAGUGAAGCUAGGCUUUCUGUGUCCUGGCAGGUACCCUGGAACCUUAAGUACCUGAAGGUCAGAGAAGUGAAAUAUGAAGUGUGGAUACAAGAGCAAGGGGAAAACACCUACAUGCCUUAUAUAUUGUCCCAUCAGAAUCACACCUUCUCAGAAAACAUUAAGCCCUUCACAAUAUACCUGGUGUGGAUACGCUGCAUCUUCAACAAAAAUCUCUUGGGACCUUUUGCAGAUGUGCUCUUGUGUAGUACAUAACCUGUGCACUACCUGUACAGCUCUGCCCUCUAUGCCAUCUGUGGUUUAAAACUGACGGUCUUGUAGUUGUAGAGGGCUGAAGAGGACUAGACUGUACCAGUGCCUCAGUGUCCAUCUGACUGCACUCUGUGUGUGUGUUCUUUAGAUGGUAUUUAUUUCCAGUGAGUGUUAGAAAAAAAAAUAAAGAAAACAACUCUCUGUUCUUCAGAGAACUUGCAGAGGUUACAUUACAUCUAAUUGAAAACAGAAUGGAAUUGAAUUGUGUGUACCUUAGUCGUGAUUUAAAUUUGUUUCUAUCGUGUGGUGAGUAUCUAAGCACAGCGUUACUCCGCAGUUAAUUCCGUGGGUAGGUGAGCAGUUCUCAUCAGCUUUUUCAUUGUAAGUUAUUUUUUUUUUCAAUAACUAAGUUUGAGUUAAGGAUUUGGUAUGAGAGCUUUCAUUAAACUGCUGUAAACCUCAAUGGCAUUUUUGCUUUGUACUGUGUGUCAAAAUGCAUGUUGUGAUAGAUCUGUCUGUUGCUGUGAUGAGAUGUGUAUAAGGUAGCUUUUUAUUUUGUUUUAUUUUGACUGAAGGAGACAACAAUGACAGUGCUGUGUUUAAAAUCGCUGCACAUGCCUUAUGCACUGUCCCAUUGGAGUAGCACGUUGCUUCCGACACAAAAGGCUGGAGCAGCAGGUGGGAGGUUGGAAUGGGUAAAAGAACUUACUGUGUUUUAGUGUUGGUUUUCAUUUUGUGUGUUGUAUGCAUUUCUUUGGGAAGGAAAAGGGGUGGUUUGGAAAGAGGCAGCGGGGAAAGAGGUCUGCAUGAAAAUUCUCUCAGAGAAAAUCCUUGUUUGUUUUCUGAUCAGCGUCAUCUGUUGAGAUCAGCAGCUAAUCAGUGCACGCUUUGUUAAGUGACAGGCAGGACCCAUGGGGAGGCUUUCUGGGCACAGAUUUAGCUGAUGUGAAGGAAAGGAAGCAGAGUCAGGCAGUGGCAGCUACAUGGGUGCUGUUGCAUUAGGCUGAAUGAAAAAUAAAAGGAAGCUCCGAGCUGGAGCUGUGAGUCCUUGAGGGAGAGAGGAAGAAAGGGACAGAAGUGUGAACGGAUUUUGUUGAUCGAUGUUAGCACGCUCCAUAGCUUAUAACCAACAUUAAAGCAACAGGAAAACUGCUCUCCUCUCUCUCUCUCUGCUCCCUGCUGUCCUGCCAAGGUCUGGAUGGAUGUCUGAGCAGUAGGAUAAAUGGCUUGCUUUCGGAGUGAUGGACUGGUAGGUGAGCAUCUCAAGGCAGGAUUAUAAUAUGAGUUUCAGUGAGAGGAGGAGAAAAACAUUGGUACAAAAAUCAGACAAGAAAAAGGAGGGUUGAAAAAUGAGUGAAACACCACAGUACAACAUUGGACCUUCAGGCUACUGCUCCUUCUGUGAAUUCAUUUUCAUUAUGUCUCGUUUCAUUUUCAGUUUUUUUAUGACAUAAAGGGAAAAAAAAAUCCCAAAUUCUGUCAAAGUCUGUGUUUGCUUCACCACUGUAGUCUUGCCCACUAUUAUUUGUUGCCCUGAUAUCUUAAAGUGGUG